AUGAACGCUAUCCUCGAGAACUUACCGAACGGUCAUGAACCCAAGCCCAAUCAAGGCGUCCUAGCAUACAGAGCCCCUUCCCUCUUGCAACCUCAUCGAGCACGUGAUGCCAUUCGUGAUGCCCAUGAUGGAAAGAUUCCACCUCUCAUCGGAUUCUUUAUCGGUUUACCUUCUCCACCUAUCGCAAAAGUAGCAGCUCAGUUAGGUUAUGAUUGUGUAUGGAUUGACUGGGAACAUACUUCUAUGAGUGUUGAAACUAUGACCCAAAUGGUUCACGAUGUUCAGUUUAUGAGCGAAGGAAAGAGUUUUGCUAUUGUCCGUGUUCGGGGUCAUGAUCACGCAUCUAUAGGUUAUGCUUUGGAUGCUGGAGCUUCCAUUCUCGUUCCUCAAGUCGAUACAGUCGAACAAGCCAAACACAUCGUUUCAUCCGCCAAAUUCGGAGCCGUACGUAAUGGUACUCGUUCAGCCCCACCUGUGCGUUUUCUAAUGGGUAUUUCUGAUACCCCGAUCGACCCCACUAAAUCCGUCUGGGAAAACGUCAACAACCAAGCCGCUGUAUUAAUUCAAAUCGAAACUCUGCGGGGAAUCCAAAACCUUGAUGCUAUCCUCACGGAAUGCGGUGAACAUAUCGAUUCUGUCUGGCUCGGAUCAUUGGAUGCGCGUAUCAGUAUGGGUUUACCUGGUAUGUGGGGUGAUGAGAAGGAAUGGACUGAUGCCGUAGCUUUGUAUGAGAGUACGCUGGCGAAACACAAUAAGCCUGCUAGUGGGCUAGCCAUGGGUUCCUCUACGGAAAUCAAGUUAGGAGCAGCGAGGGGAAAGAGUUUGGUGGUUACUGGGAGUGAUAUUCUUCCUUUGAUGAUGCAAGCCGGAGAGGCUGCAGAGAUCCGUCAACAUUUGGUGGCUCAAGAUCACAGUAAGAUUUUUAAGAAGUUGUGA